AUGCCUCUGAAAAGCCCCGAGAACAGUUCUGACAGCCCUGAGAUCCCUCAGGCACGAGCAGUGACACACACCUGGGCUUAUUCAAAUUUCAAUAGUAUAUGGAUUUUGAAAUCAUAUAGAAUCGACAGGGCUGAACGGUUGAUUCCUGUUGAGACAGUCUCAGAAUGGGCCAAAGUAGGGUUCAUCCCUUUUGUGACAGUCAAAAUAGCCCAGCCUACUUGCACCCCGGAUCAAGAACAUCGGGCAAAAGAAGUAACACACACCUGCACUUAUUCGAAUUUUAAUAGGUUGAUUCCUUUUGAGACAGUCUCAGAUUGGGCCACAGUAGGUGCCUGA